AUGCAGACAGCAAGCAGCUGCACCAGCCGCAGAGAGCGAAGAAUACUUCUGCAAGGACGCCCACUGCACAGCCCCCGGUGUAGAUUGACGGUCAUGCUCUUCAGCAACCGUUUACUAAGUGAGACCUUUGGUGCCAUGCAUGCAAUCAGUAGAGGAUUGGAAUGCGUCAAGAGAAGUGUGAUAUUAGGUUCGCACGGAAGGCUGGCAAGUGGUUUCGACAGCGAUUAUGAGGUUCUAUAUUGCUUAUCCUAGCCUUUUCAACGAAAGAGACAUCAGAAUUU